AUGAGUGAUCAUCAACCUGGUACCUCUAGGGGUACAAAACGACCAAAUGAGAUACCUUCGCGAGUGCAAUGUAAACGUGUUUUAUUGCAAGAAUCGGAUAUUCUCAACGCUUUAGAAAACUCCGAUGAUGAUGAUUUUAUGGGAAGUGAUGAAGACGAAGAUUUUUUAUUGGGUGAUGAUGAUGAAGGCAGCUCAACCCUGGAGUCGGAUGAAGAUGAAGAAGGAGUUCAAUCGCCCUCUGGUGAAGUUCGAGUUUUGUCUACAGAAAGGGAGGGCUUAAAUGAAACGAUUGAAGAGUCAGCUCUGCCACAGGAGUCUCCUGAACCUGCCAUCGAAGGCUCAACUUCACACUGGAGUACUUCUUGUUCGUCCAUGAAGCAAAUACCAUUCGUUCGAGAGUCAAAGCUGCAUAUAGAACCGCCAUCACAACCAAUAGAUUACUUUUGUCUCUUUUUCCAUGAAGAAUAUUUGAGAAUGAUCGUAGAGUGCACAAACAGAUACGCCGAACGAGAAGUCACUGCCAGACGUCUAAAUAAAUGCCAGAAAAUAGUUGCAAAUUUCAACAACACAAUGAAUAAUAUAUAUUAUCCAGGCAAGAACCUAUCUUUAAAUGAGUCGAUGGUUUUAUGGCGUGGUCGUCUCUUUUUUCGACAAUACAUAAAAGGAAAACGCCACAAGUAUGGCAUCAAACUAUAUGUGCUCGCAGAACCAGAUGGCUUGAUUUUAAAUUUCGAUGUAUUUACUAGUACAGAAGAUGAAACAGCAGGAAAGGGCCACACCGAAAAAAUUGUCGAAAAAUUGAUGGAAAAUAAAUUGGACGGUGGCCAUUCAAUCUAUAUGGAUAAUUUUUAUAAUUCAUAUAACUUAGCAAGUAAACUGUUGCGUCAACUAACUUAUUGCACCGGCACACUGAACAAAAAACGUAAGGACAAUCCACGCGUUAUUACUUCAAAAAAAUUAAAAAGAGGCGAAAACAUCUCGCGGUAUAGAAAUGGAGUCCAUAUAGGUAAAUGGAAAGAUAAGAGAGAAAUUCAUUAUGUAUCGACAGAGUUCGCUGACGAGAUGCAAGAAGUUACAAGUAAACGUGGUAUUACAACACGUAAGCCGUUGGCUAUACUACGUUAUAACGAAAACAUGUCAGGAGUUGAUCUUCAAGAUCAAAUGAUUUCAUAUUACCCAUGCGAAAGAGAGACUUUACGUUGGUAUCUAAAAAUUUUUAUACAUACGAUGAUGAUGAGUCUGGUAAAUUCUCGUUUAUUAUAUAACAAAUUCUCUGGAAAACCUAAGCUUUCAUUGUACGACUUUAGGGAGAAAAUCAUUAAACAUUUUUUACCUCAAAAUGACCAAAUACCCGAAUCCUCAUCGGGAAAUCGAAGUCAACAAAGUCAUAGGUUGACGAAAAUAGUCAAAACGACGGAAAGGACAAUAAAAACGGGACCAGAAAGAAAAGUGCAAGCAGUCGCAAGAAAAGAUUGCAGAAAUUGCUAUAAAAAUAAAAAACGAGUGCAGACUACGAUGGAAUGUAAAGAUUGUCCCGAUAGUCCACCUAUGUGCAUGGACUGU